AGGAUGAUGUAGAUUUCGAACUUAAUAUCGCAUCAGUUAUAUUAGAAUCAUAUAGAAUUUUGCCUUCCGAUUGGGAUAUCUUUUUUCUUGGUUAUUGUAGUUAUGUUGAAGGAUGGGGUCAAUUAGUAGGUGAAAGUAAUUCAUCACCUUACAAAAUACAUAAAUCUCAUAUACCAUACUGUCUUCAUGGUUACGCUGUUUCGCGUGCUGGUAUACUCAAAUUAGUAAAAAGACUUAACCCAAUACCUGAUACAAUUGAUCAGCAUAUUGUUAAUUUAGCUAACUCAGGAUAUAUUAACUCUUAUUCACUUGUACCGUUGGCAAUGGUACAAUGGCGUUCUUCAAUUAAUCCAUCGAGUAUUUCUCCUGAAUAUGGAUAUCAUUAUUUCAUUCCUUUACAGCAUUCUACUUUAGGACAUUUUAGACUUAUUAAAGAAACCAAUCAUACUCUUGGGUUUAAUACGAUUUACCUUAUUAAAUAUCAGAAUGAACCGGAUUAUAACAAGAUCACUGAAAAAUUGGCAAAAAUGUCAGAUAAAUUAUGCAUACUUUUUACUAAUUUUGAUGCUAUUUCCUCAAAUGAAAUUGAUUCUAAUCAAAAUAGUAAAUUACAAGAGUCACAAAAAAUUUCUUAUUUAAGUCAUUAUAAAAUUUAUGAAUCGAUUAUUAAUAAUGGACAUGGUAGUGCAUUGAUUUUAGAAGGUGAUAUGGACAUUGAACUUAGAAUCACAUCAAUUAUGGUCGAUAUACAUCGAAUUUUACCAACAGAUUGGGACAUUAUAUAUCUUGGUUAUUGUAAUAAUUAUGAAGGUAAAUCUGGUGAGCCUUUACCAGGUAACAAUAAUAAUCAAUUUGCUUAUAAGUUAUUUAAAUCUGAGAAGCCGUAUUGCACAUUUGCUUAUGCAGUAUCACAUGCUGGUGCUGUUAAGUUAUUAGAAAAACUUGGAAACUCUAUAAAAUCACCGCUUGAACCACUUGAUGUAGAAUUAGUUAAUAUUAUUCAAUCAGGAGAAAUCAAUUCAUAUACACUUGUACCACCAAUUAUCGUAAAAUCAGGAAAAUCACGUUCCGGUAAAGAAAUUUCUGAUAUACAUAUUUUAAAAAAUUCUACUAGAGAAUAUUUUGAGUUAGACAAAUAG